AUGGCUGAGGGACCAGUUGAGGUGUGCCGCAUCCUGGCUAAGCCGAUACCGGGCCGUGUCCAUGUUCACUAUGACAGCGAUGAUGACUGCGUUGUUUUCAUUCGCUGCAAUGGUAGAGAAUUCCAUAUCGAGUUGUCGCCUUUCUUCCUUUGCAAUUCGCCUCUCAUCACCUCUCGGUACCACAAGUUCAUCGCCGCGGUCCGAGACAGGGGUGGGAUGGACGCAGAGGAAGAAGGUUACUCUGACGAGGAAGAAGGUCCGGAAGAGAUUCAGGCCCGCUUUUAUGGCUGGCUCAUCGCUGUGUUUGAGCCAGUCUUCUCAAAAGUGGCACCAGACGUCCCGUCGUCUUUUGAUCCUGACAUGAUUCAAACGGGGGAAGCGAAGCCGCUGCUGUCCGAGUAUCUUUUCCCCGAGAUACACCGAUGUCGGUUCGAAUCAGAAAACGACAAGCCCUUCCCUAUUCAUAUGCCAGACGAGAAAAGUCAGUUUUCGGAACCUCUCUGCAAUAUUAGGCCAGGUCUCGCAAGAGAACUCGAGCAAUAUGUCAAGUUCUUCGAUCCGUCUAUGGUUGAAGUCUCGUUUGGGCACCCAAAACAGGCACUUGAUGACAGGCCUACUCGAGUCCUGGUCGACUUGGAUGGUUCGGGCGAGAAGACAACUUGCUUCUUCAAGGGAUUCGGGGCUGGGGCGUUCAUCUCCCUUGAGAAGGAACUGGAAGCUCAUCUCCGACUCCUCAAGUCCAACGUGGUGCCCGAGGCGCGCGUGGUCCGUCUGCUUGGAGUUGUAGCAGCAGAGGAUGGCAGGGUAGCGGGUUUGCUACUUACUUACGUUGACUUCCGCCGCGAGAACGACGGGAUUCUAGACGGCAUCUAUCUACGUCGCACAUCAAUCCCGCUAAGGGAACGUUGGAUGAGCCAGAUCAAAGAAGCAGUUCAGCAGCUCCAUGAGGGAGGCGUUGUCUGGGGCGAUGCAAAGGCCGACAACGUUCUGAUCGACAAGAAGAACGACGCUUGGUUGAUCGACUUUGGGGGUGGUUAUACUGAAGGCUGGGUCGACAAGGAGAAGACUGACACGAAGGAGGGAGAUCUGCAGGAGGUGGAGAGAAUUGCCGAAUAUCUGUUUAGUGAGGGGUAUGAGCCUGCCUCGUCAGAUUACGAGUUUGACUCGGCGUCGGAGUAG